AUGUCAGCAUACCCCGCCCCUCUAGUUAUCUCACCGCAGGGCGAAGAGCAUACACAUACCAUCAUUUCGCUCCAUGGAACAGGCAGUAAUGCUGAACUCUUCGGUCGUGUACUUAUUGCCGCUGCAAACCUGCAAGCUCGACUUCCUACAGUUAAAUUUAUCUUUCCAACUGCAAGCAAACGACGGGCAACGAAGUUUAAAAAGAUGGCUAUCAACCAGUGGUUUGACAACUAUUCAAUUGAGGAUCCCGGAGAGAGAACAGACUUACAAGUCGAGGGGCUCUGUGGGACUGCUGAAUUUAUUCGGGACUUGAUCAGCGAAGAGGUUCGCAUCUUGGGCGCAGACACCCAUCAAAAGAUCAUCCUAUGGGGGUUAAGUCAAGGUUGUGCUGCGGGUGUCUUCACUUUGCUAGGUGGCUGGCCCGAUGCUAAUGAAACAAACACAAUCGGAGCAUUUGUUGGGAUGAGUGGGUGGCUGCCAUUUGAGCAGCAGUUCCAUGAAAUUCUGCGAUGCAACGAGAUUCCUGCGUCGGCUAGAAACGGCCAGGCAACUCACUCCAAUGAUAGCUUAGACUCAGACUCAGACUCAAACAACGGAGAGACAGCUAUGCAACAGUCCAACAGUGAUGGAGAGUCAGACGCAGAUUUAGAUGCAUUCUCGGAACUUGACUUGGAUGACGACUCAUUCAAAAAAAGCAGCUUCUUUUAUGAGGAUUUCGACCCUUUUGACGACGAGGAGGGAGAAGGCUCACUGCUUGACCAUGCUGUCAGCCAUGUUCGGGAUAUUCUUGAUCUUCCAAUGAUAUCAACAGAUGAUCAUUUGCUAGAAAAAUCGCGACCACAAUCAAGAUACCAUCAUCUCCAGACGCCUGUCUUUAUUAGCCAUGGCUCUGAAGACCCAAAGGUUUCUGUAGAACUUGGAAGGAAAAUGUCUCAUAUUCUUUCAGCUGGUUUUGGGAUGGAUGUAACCUGGAAGGCCUAUGAGGGGUUGGGACAUUGGUAUCGCGUGGAAGAUGAGAUUGAAGAUAUCUUGAGAUUUCUCCAGGCUAGGGUCGACCUGCCAGUGAAACAAGUGCCAUCCCAAGACCAACACGAGUAG